UUUUGCCCCACACUGAAUAUUUCCAUAGUCCUUUUCCUAUAGAUACCUCUUGUUUGUAUAUCCCCGAAAAAGAACUGAAUUGCAGAUUCUCUCUCUCUUUCUUCCACUUCCAUACCUCGGGAUUCUCACCAAAUCCGACCGCCGUCUACGGUGGCCCUCAGCUCACCCUCCGCCGUUACUUUGUGAUAGUAACGAGAAAUAAAAACCAAUUCAAGUAACAGCAACAAGGGAAGUCCACCGAUUUUUUUUUCCUGAAAAUUUUCAUUGAUGGGUUUGGUAAUGAAUGUGGUAGCAAUAGCCCUAGCUGUUGGGCACAAAAUGAAGAGACCCUUUGGUGUGGAUGAUCAGGAUAUUGAAUUUGGAAACCCAUGGUGGUUUGUUUAUGCGGGUGUGUCUUGUUUUCUCGUGCUUUUCGCCGGAAUUAUGUCGGGGCUUACAUUGGGGUUGAUGUCUAUGGGACUUGUUGAGCUUGAAAUUCUUCAAAGGAGUGGUACUUCUACUGAGAAGAAACAAGCAGCUACUAUUUUGCCUGUUGUUCAAAAGCAGCAUCAGCUUCUUGUGACUUUGCUUUUGUGUAAUGCGGCUGCAAUGGAGGCUCUUCCAAUAUACUUGGACAAAAUUUUCCAUCCUGUUGUUGCUGUCAUUCUCUCUGUGACUUUUGUUUUAGCUUUUGGUGAGAUAAUUCCACAAGCAAUAUGCUCCCGAUAUGGGCUUGCUGUAGGUGCAAACUUAGUCUGGCUUGUUCGCGUUCUUAUGAUCAUUUGCUAUCCCAUUUCUUACCCAAUUGGAAAGGUUCUUGACGCUGUAUUGGGACAUCAUGAUGCUUUGUUCAGACGAGCUCAGUUGAAAGCCCUUGUUUCUAUCCACAGUAUAGAGGCUGGUAAAGGUGGUGAACUCACACAUGAUGAAACUACUAUUAUUAGCGGAGCACUGGAUUUGACAGAAAAGACUGCAGCAGAGGCUAUGACGCCUAUCGAAUCAACCUUUUCCCUGGAUGUCAAUUCAAAGUUGGACUGGGAAGCGAUUGGGAAAAUCCUAGCACGAGGUCAUAGCCGUGUUCCUGUUUAUUCUGGACAUCCAAAGAAUAUUAUCGGACUUCUACUGGUAAAGAGUCUUCUUACAGUACGAGCAGAAACAGAGACCCCCGUUAGUGCUGUUUCCAUCAGGAGAAUGCCUAGGGUACCAGCAGAUAUGCCUUUGUAUGAUAUUCUCAAUGAAUUUCAAAAGGGAAGCAGUCACAUGGCAGCUGUAGAGAAAGUAGGCAAGAAAGACUGCAACCUUGCUUCUGAUCGAGCUGGUGUCAAAGGUGGAGAAAACAAAUUUUGGAAUGGCGACUCACAGUUAACUACACCAUUCCUGUGCAUGAAUGAUGAAAAAUCAGACACUGUUACUAUAAAUGUUGAUAAGGUCUCGAUGCAGAAUCAAGAAAUUAAAUUCCCAUCAUUGCAUCAAAAUGGUGUAACGACAAAUAACUCAACAUACUUAGCAGAAGAUAUUGAAGAGGGGGAAGUCAUUGGCAUCAUUACUCUGGAAGAUGUUUUUGAGGAACUCCUGCAGGAGGAAAUCGUGGACGAGACUGACGUAUAUGUAGACGUUCAUAAAAGAAUACGUGUAGCUGCUGCUGCUGCUGCUUCAUCAGUUGCUCGAGCCCCUUCUGCUAGGAAAGUGACAGGUCAAAAGGCUUCGGGCAAGGACGGAUUCAAAAGAAGUCAGUUGAGCGAUGAUUGCAGUAGAUAAUGGGGAGAUGGACCUUUCUUUGGCACCAACAUGUGGUUUAUUAAGCGUAAAUGGACCAUGCAGGUGCAGUCUGUAUAAAAAAUUUUGUAGUCGUUUUUAGUUGACCAGGAAAUGUAAAUUCUUGCUGUUUCGAUUGUAAUAUUCGACUCUUGGUAUCACUUGUAUUAAGCUCGAUUAUAGUGACUUAGAUAAACUUUAAUAACAGCAUUAUUCCUUUUUUCCUAAAGAUAACUUUCCCCUUCACUUUUUUUUGUCCAGCAAAGAUUUAACCUUGCCCAGUUU